GUUUGUCCGCUUUCCUAACCGGGUGUUGUGACUGUGCGUACUCCUUGCUCUGCCCAACCGGUGCUGCAACCCCGUUGGACCGCCGCUCCAAUGGCCCUUUGUUCGCCCUGUGUUGGCAAGGAAACCUCAGUUUUAAGAUUUGGCUGAUUCCCCGACAGACCACUGUAUCACAUCUCCACUAUGUAUUCUCAACACGGUGCCCCUAUGGCACCCCCCCAAAAGCCGGAGACGUUUAUGCUUUCAAGCGAGGCCCAGCAGAGCCUGCCACAUGACGCGCAAGUCGCGCUCCAACAAGUUGACAACCUCAAAUACUUCCUCCUGUCGGCGCCGGUGGACUGGCAUGCGGAUCAACUUAUCCGGCGAUUCUUGCUUCCUACGGGUGACUAUAUCUCUUGCGUUCUAUGGAACAACCUCUUCCACAUCUCCGGCACCGACAUCGUGAGAUGCCUCGCAUUCAGGUUCCAGGCCUUCGGGCGCCCCGUGAAGAAUUCGAAGAAGUUCGAGGAGGGUAUCUUCUCGGACUUGCGAAACCUCAAGGCCGGAACUGAUGCCACUCUAGAAGAACCAAAAAGCCCGUUUCUCGACUUCCUCUACAAGAACAACUGCAUCCGAACCCAGAAGAAGCAGAAAGUCUUCUACUGGUACAGCGUGCCCCACGACCGGCUGUUUCUCGAUGCGUUGGAGCGGGAUCUGAAGCGGGAGAAAAUGGGGCAGGAGGCUACCACUGUUGCGGUCAGCGAGCCUGCUCUGUCUUUCGAGUUUGAUUCAUCUCAAUCGCUGUAUGAACAACUUACGAAGGCACAACAAGCAAAUUCCUCAUCGUUUGCUGCACACGCAAGUACGACAUAUGGCCAACCCGCAUCCCCAGUGGUUCGGACCGUUGACGCUAUGCCUCCUCCCCAGAUGGCUCCCCAGAUGGCUCCCCCUGCGCUACCCCUUCUCCCAGACGAGUCGGGCAAUCCGGCGAUGUACAACCCGGUCCACAUGCCCACCACCCUGGCCCAGAGCGUUAUUAAGCGCGAAGCAGAAUAUGGGCACAUCCAGUACGACCGCAAUGGGAUGCCCAUUGCUCGUAUCCACCAGCGCCACGCCUCCAUGCCUACCUUCGUCGAAUACUCGCCCGCUCCCUCGUUCGUUUCGUCUCAGUAUGAGGACUACAGCAACCGGGGUCUGUCAUUCGAGCCUGUCACGCCGCCUCAGCACAGCGCUCACCUUGGAGCCGAGCCGGCAUACAUCGCCAACGAAGACACCGGUCUUUACACCGCUAUCCCCGACAUCUCUUCCGCAACUACAUUCAAUCCGAUGAUGCAACUACCCCCGUCAAACCUCGCCAGCGCUCACUACCCGCCUCCUGCGAGAACCUUCCCUUCAAAUGUUUACUCGGUGAUCGAAGGGUCCCCUACGUACAAGCAACGUAGGCGCCGGUCUUCUAUACCUCCGAGUAUCACCAGUGUUGGUGCUGCCCACGCCCAGGUGACUAGCGCACCGAAUCAAGCUGUCGCAUAUGCUGCUCAUAAACCCAGCGACCUUCGUCGUUCCGUUUCUAGCUCGGUAGCCCCGGUGGUGGAAGUAGAUGAGUCUCACCAUGACCCAUCAUACAGAUCCGCUAAUGGGUACCGCACUGCAGUUCUUCCUCAGAAGAACCUGCUGCACGAGAUGUCUCGCAACAGCACCCCGCUGCCGAGCCUAGAGGAAAACCCGGAGCACAGUGCGUUGGCACUUGCAAACCAACCGGAUGAACUAGCGCCCCUUCCUAGUGGUGAGGUGUUGGAUGUCUCUGUCCAAAACAGUGCGACGAAUAAGACGGAACGAUUCGUUCCUGGCCCCCUUCGUCGUGCUCGGAGCGCUACCAUGAUGGAGCUCGGCCCCUACCCGCAAAAGUCGCACUCUUGCCCCAUUCCUUCGUGCGGGCGGCUUUUCAAGAGAUUAGAGCACUUGAAACGGCACGUGAGAACACACACCCAAGAAAGACCCUACCCGUGUCCAUACUGCAACAAGGCAUUCUCUCGGUCAGAUAACUUGGCACAACAUCGUCGGAUUCACGAGGCUCAACAGGAUGGGCAGCAGCCCCUCUCCGGACAUGAGGACGACCUGGAAAAUGAGGAGAACGGAUUUGUUUCACCCGAUGAGGGAUCCUCACCAUCCGAGUCUGUCUCAGGAGCCGUGGUCAAUGUUUCUGGCAUGACAUCGAUGCCCUCCGCAAUGACCCUGCCAUCGGCGAUGCCUACAAUGGUUGCUCCCCACAUGAUUGCGCCCCAACUUCUGCAGCAGCAACUAUGAGGGACCCUUCUGGUGGAUUCCUGAAUGAUCGAUUCAUCAAGAUUUCCAAGACUUGUCACCUGACCCCCUGUUCAGUAAUCACGGGUGUUCUUGCUUCUCGCCCAUCGGCCAUUUACACUCUG